AUGAGCCGGCGUGUGGUUCGGCAGAGCAAGUUCCGCCAUGUGUUUGGGCAGGCGGCAAAGGCUGACCAGACCUACGAGGACAUCCGUGUGUCCAAGGUCACAUGGGACAGCUCUUUCUGUGCCGUCAACCCCAAAUUCCUGGCCAUUAUUGUGGAGGCUGGAGGCGGGGGUGCCUUCAUCGUCCUGACUCUGGCCAAGACAGGGCGAGUGGAUAAGAAUUACCCGCUGGUCACUGGGCACACUGCUCCUGUGCUGGACAUCGACUGGUGCCCACACAAUGACAACGUCAUCGCCAGUGCCUCAGACGACACCACCAUCAUGGUGUGGCAGAUUCCGGACUAUACUCCUGUGCGCAACAUCACAGAGCCCAUCAUCACACUGGAGGGCCACUCCAAGCGUGUGGGCAUCAUCACCUGGCACCCCACUGCCCGGAAUGUCCUGCUCAGCGCAGGCGGUGACAAUUUGAUCAUCAUCUGGAAUGUGGGCACCGGGGAGGUGCUGCUGAGCCUGGACGACAUGCACCCUGACGUCAUCCACAGCGUGUGCUGGAACAGCAACGGUAGCCUGCUUGCCACCACCUGCAAGGACAAGACCCUGCGCAUUAUCGACCCCCGCAAAGGCCAGGUGGUGGCGGAGAGGUUUGCGGCCCACGAGGGGAUGAGGCCAAUGCGGGCCGUCUUCACGCGUCAGGGUCACAUCUUCACCACGGGCUUCACCCGCAUGAGCCAGCGAGAGCUGGGUCUGUGGGACCCGAACCACUUUGAAGAGCCAGUGGCACUGCAAGAGAUGGACACAAGCAACGGGGUCUUACUGCCGUUCUACGAUCCCGACUCCAGCAUCGUUUACCUGUGUGGCAAGGGCGACAGCAGCAUUCGGUACUUUGAGAUUACCGACGAGCCUCCUUUCGUGCACUACCUGAACACGUUCAGCAGCAAGGAGCCGCAGCGAGGCAUGGGUUUCAUGCCCAAGCGGGGUCUGGACGUCAGCAAGUGCGAGAUCGCCCGGUUCUACAAGCUGCACGAAAGGAAGUGUGAACCCAUCAUCAUGACUGUGCCCCGCAAGUCAGACCUGUUCCAGGACGACCUAUAUCCAGAUACGCCAGGCCCAGAGCCAGCCCUAGAAGCGGACGAGUGGAUGUCGGGCCAGGACGCCGAGCCAGUGCUUAUCUCGCUGAGGGACGGCUACGUGCCCCCCAAGCACCGCGAGCUCCGGGUCACCAAGCGCAACAUCCUGGACGUCCGCCCUCCCUCGGGCCCCAGCCGCAGCCAGUCAGCCAGCGAUGCCCCGCUGUCGCAGCACACUCUGGAGACGCUGCUGCAGGAGAUCAAGGCCCUUCGCGAGCAGGUGCAGGCCCAGGAGCAGCGCAUCACGGCUUUGGAAAACAUGCUGUGCGAGCUGGUGGACGGCACGGACUAGCGCGGCAAGCUGAGCGAAGCUCGCA